CGCCCUCGCCAGAAAUCAGAGCAUCGCAGGCGGCUGCCCCGUCUUUCCUCCCUCCUUCCUCUGCGCGCCGCCGAGAUGGACGCCUCAACUGCGGGCAACAAGGAGCGGGAGGCCAUGCAGCUCCUGGCCGAGGCCGAGAAGCGGGUCAAAUCCUCCCAUUCUUUCCUCCGGGGGUUCUUCGGAGGAAAUUCAAAGCUAGAAGAAGCGUGUGAAAUGUACAUAAGAGCUGCAAAUAUGUUCAAGAUAGCCAAAAACUGGACUGCUGCAGGGAAUGCAUUUUGUCAGGCAGCAAAGCUCCACAUGCAGUUGCAGAGUAAACACGAUUCAGCCACCUGUUUCGUUGACGCGGGGAACGCUUACAAAAAGGCAGAUCCUCAAGAGGCUAUCAACUGCUUAAAUGCUGCCAUCGAUAUUUACACAGAUAUGGGCCGAUUUACUAUUGCUGCCAAGCAUCACAUUACUAUUGCAGAGAUUUAUGAAUCUGAGCUGGUAGACAUUGAAAAGGCCAUCGCCCACUAUGAACAAUCUGCAGACUAUUACAAAGGGGAAGAAUCUAACAGCUCUGCCAAUAAGUGUCUGCUGAAGGUAGCUAUUUAUGCUGCCCAGUUGGAGCAAUAUCCGAAAGCAGUUGAAAUUUUUGAACAGAUUGCUACAAGUACAAUGGAUAAUCCAUUGCUCAAGCACAGCGCAAAGGACUACUUCUUUAAAGCAGCUUUAUGUCACUUUAUUGUCGAUGAGUUGAACGCGAAGCUGGCUCUUGAGAAAUAUGAAGAAAUGUUCCCAGCAUUCACAGAUUCAAGAGAAUGUAAAUUAUUGAAAAAAUUACUGGAAGCUCAUGAAGAACAAAAUUGUGAUGCAUACACUGAAGCAGUUAAAGAAUUUGAUUCAAUAUCCCGCUUGGAUCAAUGGCUCACAACCAUGUUACUCCGCAUUAAAAAGUCAAUUCAAGGAGAAACCGAGGGGGAUUUAAAGUGAACUCUCUGUGAAGCGUGUGGCCUUGUGACUUGUCUGCUGAAAUACCCUGUGUCAUGGCCAAGGAUCAUUAUGGAAUAUAUGAUCAAUGCUUUCUGCUUAAUUGACUGGUGUCUUGUUUAAUAUCCUGUUGUGGCUCAUUCAUUGUAACUGUGAACAUGAAUUUAUAUUGUUUUUCAUUUCUGAAGGGAGAGCUUAUGGAUUCAUCCUAUGCAUGUUUACUCAGAAAGGCAAGUCCCACUAAAUUCAUGGAUUUUCCUCAUAAAUGAGCAUAGGAUUGUGUAAGUUAACUCUGAAGUAAGUUCUCAUGAAGCCAUAUUCAAACCAGUCUGCUGAUACUAAAUUACUAUAUUCUCAUGAAACGGGACUCCAUGCCUCCUGCCCUAGAAAUAGUGUUUUUCAACAUUAUUUAUUACAGGAUCAUCACAAAAGGACACCGCUUAUUGUAUAUUUUAAAAUAUGAACCAAUAUUACGUUGUUCACAUGUGAUUUGCACUACCACAGGUAUAACGCAAUGAGUCACAACACUGAAUAGCACUGAGAUGGUAACCAAAAUACAAGUCAUCCUUGCAGUGCAAUCCCAAGCAUGAUUCAGUGGAACAAGAUUGUGUGAAGCUUCAGUGAUGUUUCAUAAUUAAGAAUAAGACCCAAAGGGUGGCCUCAAGGGAUCCAUUUCUAGCCCCUUUCUCCCACUUCUGCAGAUGCCUUCACUGGUGGUCACCUAACUCCUGUCCCCCAGGACAUUUCCUGGCCAUCAGAAUUAUGUGACAGAAUGUGUCAUUGAGGGAAUCCUCAGAAUGACAUAUUAUAGUGUGGCUAUGUCAUCUGUCCACAGCAGCAGGGAUUGUAGCCCAUUCAGUGCCCUGGUCUGGAGGAUGUUUCAGAGGCAAUGUUUGAACAGUGAUCAACUGGAGCAGAAGACCUCUGUGUUUUAAGUGUGGUGAGGUGACUGCACCAACAGGGACUCACAAAAUGACUGGGCUCCAACUUGCUGCCCAAUUUGUUACACUGUCUGAAGUAGACUUUCACAAUGGGACUGGUGUUAGCCCUGUAAGUCCCAUUUUGAGCAAAGAUGCUUUGGGUUGCACUAUAAAGACCAGUUUGAUUUCUAGAGGGUAUCUUCAAACAACGUUCAAAUUAUAACCUUGUGUUUAUUUGAUGACAAGAAUGUAUCAGAAAAGAUUAUUGCAUGUUGCAGUUAUCAUUACUUGAGACAAGUGAGGAUGGCAGAGUUCUUGAAACCAGAUCAGAAGAUAUGAUAUGAUCAAUAUGAUCCACCAUCUAUAAUAAACAAGAGAGUAGAUUGGAAUUUAUGUGAAUUAAUCAAUUGUAGCCCACUCUCUUUUGGAGCUGCAAAAAUUUUGAUCAGGGUGCAUGUGAAUAUAUGAUCUGGAAACUGAAAUUAUAUAAUUCCAGUUGAAUUGAAAAGAACAAUGAAAAGAGCACACACACACCCCGAAAUGCUCAUUCCUCUCCCCUCUGUAAGAUGGGAUAAACCUUUAAUCUAUGAGAGUGUAUAUUUUAUUUGUGAUAAAUGACACAAGGAAUUGUUGGAUCAGAUACUAUUUAUACUGUUCAUUUUCUGUCAGUAUGAAUCUAUAUGUGAUUGUUUCAAUAGCUGCUGGUAAAAAAAAAAACCGCCAUUUUUAUCUACAGAGUGUGCAUGGUUAGAUAUGUAUGUAUUCAGUAGGUAUGUGAAACUACAUAAUAGUCUGGGUCUGAAAUAAGUAACAGUGAGGAAAUAUGGGCAACAAUUUAUUUGUCCAAAUUGUUUUUCACAUGUCUGGGCCACACAGAAUGAAGUGAUGGAUGCUUGGUAUGAUAAUGCUGACUACUAUAGCAGAUGAGAAGACCAUACAUGUUGACACUCCUUUCCAUACAGAUUCCCUCAAAGGGAAAACCAGCAUAGCACAACAGACUAGAGAUAAUUUUUCUCUCUGCUGAUCUUGGGGUUUGUUUUCUGCUUCUAUAGUGUCAUCUCACUCUAAAAGUUUAAAAGCAUAUAGGUUAUUCUGUCUACCUUCUGCUUUUCUGCUUUAUCAGACUUAGCUUGUCGUUUAUUUUACAAAAAGUGAGUGUGUGUGUGUGAGAGAGAGAGGGGGGGGGGAGAGAGAGAGAGAUUGAGAUUGAUUGAUUCUCAGCUCUGCAGGUGACAGUCAUCUGAAGAAGUCUACACUGUGGUCAUAUAAGGACAGAAUAAGCAUAUCCUUGCUCUUAUCAUUGGCUUUCUCAUGUUGUUGCUGCUCCUCAACAUUGUUAAAGCUGCUCUACACUCAGCUUCAACAAUAUUUGUACCCGUAACUUCCAUUCGCCUUAUACUUUUGGCUAGGAGAGUAUUUCACUACUAUUUCUCGGAUGGCAUUGGCAGCGAAGCAUAGGUGAUAGAAGUAAUGAAGGCAGCCAGUGAAUAAUAGAUGUGGAAGAUAUGACAUAGAUUUAUAUGAGUGAUGCACAAGUUUAUCUUAGGGCUUAGUCCUCUGCAACCCCACUCAAAUGAUUUGAGUCUGGAUCUAAAGAGGGUUCCAGUGGAAGAUCAUUAGACAAAAUGUGCUCCCUAGCAUUGUAGUAGUAGAGGGAAGAUUGACCUAUAGAUAUUUUUUUAGUUUUAUAUGUAUUAUUUAAUUAAGCUAUAACAGAAUAACAGAAUUUGAAGGGACUUUGGAGGUCUU